AUGUCUCCAGCAUCCAGAUCCAAGUCCAAAGACAAAAAGGCUGGGAAGGAACCCCCCAAGGGUUUUACAAAGCCUUCAGGUCAUGUUAAUGCCCCUGGUGGGGUUCCGGCGAGUGGAUACAAUCCUGUUUUAGGAACAUUCCAGACAUUUGAGACAGCUCCAGUGUCUUAUACAGGUAUGCUUCAUUUGAAUGGUCGAUUCCAAAACAUAGAUGAUACGGACGAUCAUAGUGGGAAUGCAUUUGGAGCUGGCGUGGAAUAUGAUUCUGUUUCCAAUACUGGUAGCUGGUCUGGUGAGUCAGAAGACCUAAAAGAGAAAAUGUCGCACCCCCCUCAGCAUCAGGAAUCAGUACCUGGAGCUGACAAUGACAAGAGAGACAAAAUACGCCAGAAAAAUGAAAGGAAACAUCAAAGGCAAAAGGAGAGGCGAGCUCAAGAAUUGCAUGAGCGGUGCAGUGGCUAUCUCAUGUCAAGGAAGCUAGAAAAGCUUGCACAACAGCUUGUUGGUAUGGGUUUCUCUCUAGAACGGGCAACCAUGGCUCUUAUUCUGAAUGAGGGUAGAGUAGAGGAGUCGGUAGCUUGGCUAUUUGAAGUAGGUGAAGAAGACAAGCACCGGGAAAAAAAUCUUGAUGGAGGGGGUAAUUUGAAAAUUGAUAUUUCUGAAGAGCUCGCCUGCAUUACAGAUAUGGAAAUACGGUAUAAAGCCUCCAAGCAGGAUGUUGAAAGAGUUGUGGUUGCCUGUGAGGGUGAUCUCGAAAAGGCAGAAGAAACUUUGCAGUCGCAGAAACAGGAGCUCCCCACUGCUUCUUCGAAGAUGGAAGAAACUAGUGAUCCUCCUACUGUUGGCAAUGGCUAUCUAUCAAUAGCUAAUAAUCAGAAUGCAAUGAGAGCACAAGAAAAACCGGCUUCAUCCAAUACCAUACAACAGAAAAGGGAUGAAAAAGAUUUCAAUUAUAUCAAAGUUCCUGAGACAGUAGGAUCUUCAGUAGAAUCUGGAACAAAAAAUGUGCAGUCAUUGAAGAAAAUGCAACCAAAAAUGGAGUGGACCAAACCACAGCAGAUUGCCGUGCCAGCAGAGAAAAGGUGGCCGAGUUCAGGAUCAAAUACCUCUAUGCCCUACUCAUUAGCAUCACCUUUGCAGGCUUCACCUCCAUCGACAAAGGCAGAAGCACAUUAUGCUGCUGGGAAUGAAGUAAAGAAGCUGCAACUUGGAUCAGUUAGAGAACCUAUCAUAGUGAUGCAGCGACCUCAAUCCAUGAAUGCAAAGCACGUACAUACUCCAAGUGUUAGCUCAUCUCCGCCUGGGACAGCUGUGGGUUGGUAUCCUACUAGUGCUGGAACUAUGAACCCCAAUGGGUUGGUCCCGCCUGUUACUGUGACAAGGGGUCUGAGCCAUGAAGGUGUUAGUUCAAAUCCUCUGUAUAACCAACUGCAUUACCAACCUCAAGAACAAUUUGUGUCCAGCAGUAGUGCAAUGGAUUCCCGAGGAGCCAUCCGGGGUAACAGUUUGUGGAAUAAUGCAGGUACAUCACUAAAGCUUUUUGCCGCUUCUUCCCUUGGACUCUUCUCUGGUCUGGGCACCAACGGUGCUUCUGGAUCGUCAUCUCCAGUAGACUGGAACACAGGCAACUCAAUGUCACAGUUAGAUUACACUAACAUAGACUGGAGUUUGGAUCGUGGGUCUAGGUUGAGGCCCGGUGAGCUGUGGUCUGGCACAAACUCUUCUAUGCAAAACAACACUCGCUCAUAUGGUUCAUUUGCCUAUGGUCUAGGAAUCUCUACCAAGAGACCUGUUCUAUCCAAUGGGAAUGGCGCUUCAAUUCCAGGGUUGCAGAACGGGAUCACCACAUCCGAAACAACUGCCAGUGUAUCUCGGGAUUGGACUUCUCCCUUCGAAGAGAAAGACCUGUUCAGUUUACCCAGACAGUUUGUUUUCUCCCCUUCUCUCUAA